CCGAAAAGGACUAGAUCCGAGCCUUGCCGAGCCAACCCCAGCAAAUGUUGCUGACCCAAGGCCACAACGAUCAACUAGACUAGAGGGGCCGACCAGAGGGAGACCAAAUGACGCGCUCCUGCCCGGGCAAUCUCACAUCUUCGAACAGAUUAAUACCCGCACAGAUCGCCCGGAGAAGACGGUAUCGCAAAUUACUUGACCGUGCUUAGCCGGUGAUUUUUUCAUCAUUUUUUACCGGUAGUCUCUCGCUAUCCUUUACAGUAACCCUAUUUUCAUCGUUCGGUGCCUCUUUAACUCAUCUCCCUUCCUGCCCCCUUAUUUUUACCCCCUCUUUUUCCACCCAUCUCAAUACCCUACCCCUGGUCGGCAGUUUACCCAACCCCCCACUGGAUCUCCCAUCGACCGCGACCAGGGACCUCAGAAGGCGAUCAUCAUAUACUUGAAGACGCAUGUCACACCCAGCCUUGUCGAUUCCUCAGCAUGGCGCCGAAUCAGGCUGCGCCAAAGUCAAUGCAGGAUUAAGAAUCCGGGUUUUGAUGCGCGCAAGCGCAAGCAGGAAUUUCUGCGUCAGCCGAAUACAACUCAACCCUACUUACACUAGUUACAACAAAACUCACCACGAGAGCUAGAUCGGUAGUCUUGUCGGAUGAUUUGCCCCGUUUGCGAGCCACCGGGC